AUGUUAAAGAGAGUCCUGGACGAGGUUGUCUGGCGCUAUUACUCUUCAAUGUGUCACAGGCUAAUACACCAUGGACUACAAUCCGGAGUCCAGGCAUACUCGCGUCGCCUAAACCCUAUUUUGCCGCUCAGACAAAUCUCUAAAUACCAAUCUCGCCGCCUAACAACGGUCACUGUUCCUCCUCCCGGCCCGAAUAAAUCACCUCGCCGACUCCGUAUUUUACUUUCCAUACUCCUAUUUGGCUACCUAGGUAGGAGAUAUAUGUCAAGUGAAAUAAAUCUAUUUACUGGUCCAAUUAUAGAACCCGCUAGCCCAGAAGAUAUAGAGAUAACAACAUCCUUGAAUUCCCGUUUUGACCAGCUCGAGAUUGUGAAGAGAUUACGAGAAGAUCCCGAUUAUACGGAAUGGGAACCAUAUGGGAACUUUACUGAAGAAGAAAAGAAGGCGAGGCUCACUAGUGGGUGUCUUCGGGGGUCCAGAGGGUUGUCAUGCCAGCAUGUGUUCUACAAUUCUAAAGAGAACAUUCUCAAAUCUGUCUUAUACCUUGGCAACGGGCUUGAUGGAUGGCCUACUGUUGUGCAUGGUGGUACAAUCGCUACAAUUCUUGACGAAAAUAUGGGCCGUUUAGCCAUCGAGAAUCUACCCGAGCGCACAGGGGUUACUGCCAAUCUCAACAUAUCCUAUAAAGCCCGCCUCGGACGAGACCAAUACAUAAUUAUCGAGGCGAAAUAUGAUCGCCUUCUGAGUUCUGAAAGGAAGGCAGUUGUUGAAGCCGUCAUUAAGGAUCAUAAAGGGAAGGUCUAUUCGGAGGCCAAAGCAUUAUUUGUGUACCCUAAAACACUGAAGUUGAGGACACUGGGAGAGAAAUUUUAG